CUUCUUCUUCUUCUUCUGUGCCCACCACAACAUCUCUACUUACGCAUUCCAUCUUUCUUUGGAACAUGAACGUUGAACCUUUAUAGAAUAGAAUAGAUUCAAUAGAGAAGAGUUUAUCAAGAAUCAAGAUGGGUUCCCCUGCGGAUCUAAGCCUAGAUUGCAAACCUCACAGCUGCUACUCUAUGGUAGUGAAGUCAUCAUUUGGAGAUCAAACAGAUCAAACCCAGAAGCUUGAAGACUUCCUAGCUUGUCUCGAAGAAGAACGACUCAAGAUUGAUGCAUUCAAGCGUGAACUACCUCUCUGCAUGCAACUUCUCACCGAUGCUAUGGAGGCAUAUAGGCAGCAACUACAAACCUUCAGGACAAACCAAGGGCAGAGACCAAUCCUUGAAGAGUUCAUACCAAUUAAGAAUUCAAGCUCUGAAGGAUCAGAUAAGGUAUCGAAUGUAUCGGAGAAGGCUAGUUGGAUGACGACGGCACAGUUAUGGAGUCAAUCAAACGAUGGGAAUAAGCAACAAGGUGAAAUCGAUCAUGGACUUGUAAUGAGUCCCAAGUUAGCUUUAGACAAUAAAGGAAGGAAUGGAGGAGGAGGUGGAGGAGGAGGAGCUUUUCUUCCUUUCUCUAAAGAUAGGAACGUCACAUGUACUACCACUACUACUACUACAAGUCCUACUCCUUUAAGGGUUCUUCCAGAAUUAGCUCUUGCUACAACCGAGAAAGAGAUGGAGGAUAAGAAAUGUAGUGAACCAGAUAAUGGUUUGUCUUGCUCAUCUAGGAGAGAGAAUCCCAGUAAGGGUGGUGGUGGCAAUGGAGCAACAACGACAGAACAAGGAAAGGGAGCUACUACUACUACUACUGCAAAUCCUUCUGAAGGACAAGCAACGAACACAACACAGACUCAUAGGAAAGCUAGGAGGUGUUGGUCCCCGGAGUUGCACCGACGCUUUGUCAAUGCCCUUCAAAUGCUUGGUGGCUCUCAAGUUGCCACCCCAAAGCAAAUCAGAGAGUUGAUGAAGGUUGAUGGUCUCACUAACGAUGAAGUUAAGAGCCAUUUACAGAAAUAUAGACUACACACAAGGAGGCCAAGCCCAAGUCCACAAGCAGCAGGAGCGCCAGCACCGCAGUUGGUUGUGUUAGGAGGGAUUUGGGUCCCACCGGAAUACGCAACGGCAGCAGCUGCUGCACACGGUGCGGGCCAAGCAAUCUACGGAGCCCACCCAGCUGUGUCUCAUGCUUCCACUCAUUACUGUGCUCCCGCUGUGCCCCAGGAUUUCUAUCCUCCACAGCCACCUCCCCAUGCUCAGUUGCACCACCACACCCUUCAACCUUACCAACACAUCUAUAAGGCUUCAUCUCAGACACAUAGCUCGCCGGAGUCUGAAGGGAGACCGGCUGGAGACGGGUCUGAAAGUAUCGAAGACGGCAAGUCGGAGAGUAGUAGCUGGAACAAAGGUGACAGUGGUGAUCAGAAUGGUGGUGGUGGUGGAGGGGAGAGAGAGAGGGAGAGGGAAAGAGAGAGGAAGGGUUUGGCUUCACUCAGAGACGAUGGAGAGGAAAGCAAUGGCAGUGAGAUCACUCUCAAGUUCUAGUUUUUUCACUUCCCUUGUUUUUAUUAUUUUUUAUUUUUGUCUUAUUUUCCCUUGGACUUUGGAGUCUCAAUCUCAGUGGAGCCUGAGGGGCAGAAAUAGGAAAAAGUGAGUGUUUGUUUCUUGGCAAAAGUUUUAUUUUCCAUCUUUUGGUAGACUCGUCUGAUAUUCUGACAAGCAGUGUGUGUUGGAUGAGGAAGGAAAACUGAAGUU